UUGGCGCUUGUGCGGAUUCAUGCAAUAUACGUGCCUCUAUUUUCGUGUACACAGUUCAUAUCGGUCACGUUUUUCUUUUUUUUCAGGUACGCGGGUAUCAGGGAUGUAUACAAGGUACCAGUAGAAAAUGACGACGUGCAACAGAGCUUUUUAUUCGCUGAAACGUUCAAAUAUUUAUACCUCACAUUCUCGGAUAACACUGUGAUGCCGCUGGAUAAGUGGGUUUUCAACACCGAGGCGCACGCUUUUCCGAUAGCGCUCUUCGCCCUCAGCUAUGUUGAUGCCUCAUUUUGUGUUUUAGCAUUGUAUCUAACAUUUAUGGACCAUUUGGAUCUUUCAGGCAGCUUAACACUUCCCGAUUGUUUUAUAUGCUCUUUUGCUAAAUUCUGAGU